AUGUUCUUCCGUUGGUUCCCCAGUUUCUAUCGCGUGAAAAACCAACAAAGAAAAAUAAAAAGAAAAACAUCGGAAAAAGCAACUUGCACCCUUUUUUCCUGGCCACAGCAACUUGUCAAGUGUUUAACGCCAUCUGGAUCACUCCUUUUCCUGGCGCUUCCACUCCAGUGCUUUUUCAACUCCAUGAUAGAAGUGCUACUAACAGCAAUUCCAUCGCUCUGUUGGUUAUUCUUCAGAUGCUAUCAGCUUUUCCAAACACCCGCGGAUCAGUUGGCUCGCCAACUAAACGUUGAUAUCCCUCGUACUCCUGUGGUUUGUGUUGAUCAGCUUGGUUCUGAUCACGCCUCCAUUCAUUGGGACAUUGAAACGUCUCCAGACGAGAAUGUCUUUUUCGUGCUUUUGGUGAACGGCAAAGACGCGGGCACAUUAGCCGCCAACUCUGCAAGAUUGAGCAAUUUGCUUCCUGAUACUUUAUACGUGAUUCAAAUCUUGGCUGUAAACGCCAUCAGCAAUUUUCGUUCGCAAUCCCAGCGCUCUUUUCAUCCAUACUUUGCCUGCCAACUUCAAGGCUAA